GUGGCAACACUCUUGCCGAAAGAACUUUUACAGUGUUGCAACGAAUAUACUAAGUUGAUUUGUUUGUUUUUGUUUUCAUUACAAUGUGUUACUAAUUUCAAACUUACAAAGUGAAACAACCCUGUUCGUUGAACAUUUUCAAUAUGGCGGCAUCGGUAGAAUGACGAAUGUUUUGUGGCUACUCGUCGUUGUUAUAGGACAGUCGGAAUCGGUGUGUGUUAAAUAAAACGUAGGAUUUCAUUUGAAGAAUUUCCUUAAUAAAACCCCAAAAAUUAAUAGAAAUGUUUCAAAAAAUUAUACACUAAAUAAUGCGAAAACGUAAAUCAAAGAAAUUUUCUAAAAAUUUCAUUGAUUCGGAGCUUUAAUUUGCCAACGAAAAAGUCACACACAAGGAAAAAAGGUGCAGACAUCGAAACAGCCAAAAGGAAAAAACUAAAGCAAAGAAGCAGCUACAUAAAAAGUAAUUGAAAAAAAUAAUACAGAUUGUAAAGUAGUGAGUGAACGCGAGCCACCAGUAGGAAGAAGGAACACAAUGAUAGUGUUUUCUGAGUUUUCAAGUAGCAGCCAUCAGUGGAAAUAAAUGAGUGUGUUUGUGUGUUUUACACGAGUGUUUUAAUCAAAAAAGUGGUGCGACAAAUAAAAAUCUUUUAAAUUAUAACCCUAUGCCGCAUAUUGAAGAAUAUAUUUGCAAUUUUGUAAUAAUACAUACAUAUAUGAAAAAGAAUAUAUUGCAAUUAUCCAUACAAAAACGGAUGUAACCCCGCUGCCGGUGGAGAGAUCGUGUUAACAAAAAUUUUUUGCAAAAAAAGAACCUUCAAAUAAAUGCAGUCUACAACUUUCAUUGCUUAAUGGGAAAAGAAAAUGAAAAAGUGUUGUUUUCCCACUUUGAAUUCUGUAGACAAAAGAAAAUGUUUAAUUUAAUAUAUUUAAAUGAGUAAAUCUCAACAAUUGAAUUUUGAAUUCAAUACCACAAAUCAUCGUUGAGUUAGUUUUUUAAACAAAUACAUUUCUAAAACAAGUCACUGCUACUUAGAAAUAUACUUAACAAAGGAACAAAGUUCUUAGCCAAUAACUCAGAAGAAAGAAGAAAUCUAGUGGAUUUCAAAGUUAACUCAAACACCGAGCUCUCUCGCAACUUGGAAAGAGGAGACUAAGGUCUCUGGUGGCUACACGGAAAAUCUCAAACAACUUGACACGUGUGCCACCCGUUGGAACGCUAGGUUGGACAACACAAAAAAUUACCCAUCCACAAAAAAUCCACUAACGAUUUUCUGGUUCCAAAGAGAAGAUCGUUUAUAGCCAAGCACAAACGUUUUGUUUGCCGUCAGAAUAUAAACUGAGCAGGCACAGAAUCAAACCGUACGAAAACGUAGAAGUGCAGAGGAACUUUUUGUAUUAAAAAUUAGUUUACUAUCCACAUCAUCAUUAAUUGUAUACAACAAAAAAUUGUAUAAUAACAAACAAUCUUAAAACAAUACACAAAACAAAAUAUCAAAAUGACUACCGAUACCCGCCGACGCGUCAAAUUAUAUGCUCUAAAUGCAGAACGUCAAUGGGAUGAUCGUGGCACUGGACAUGUUUCAUCAAAUUAUGUUGACAGACUGAAAGGUAUCUCGUUGCUGGUACGCGCUGAAUCCGAUGGUGGCUUACUUUUGGAAAGUAAAAUACAACCCGACACCGCUUAUCAAAAGCAACAGGACACUUUGAUUGUUUGGUCUGAAGGUGAUAAUUUUGAUUUGGCCCUAAGUUUUCAGGAGAAGGCCGGAUGUGAUGAAAUAUGGGAGAAAAUAUGUCAGGUACAAGGCAAAGAUCCUUCCGUUGAAAUCACCCAAGAUAUCGUUGAAGAAUCCGAAGAUGAACGUUUCGAGGAUAUGUCCGAUACAGCACCGCCUAUUGAAUUGCCACCCUGUGAAUUGGCCCGCCUCGAAGAUAUCUCCGAAGUUAUACAAAAUUGUCUUACCACACCAUUGCGCAAAGAGAAACUAUCAAUGGCCCUGGAAUCGGAGAAUUACAUAAAGAAAUUGCUGAACAUAUUUCAUGUGUGCGAAGAUUUGGACAACACCGAGGGUCUGCAUCAUUUAUUCGAAAUAUUCAAGAAUAUUUUUCUAUUAAAUAAAAAUGCACUUUUCGAAAUUAUGUUCGCCGAGGAUACUAUUUUCGAUGUCGUUGGCUGUCUCGAAUAUGAUCCGAGUGCCACACAACCGAAAAAACAUCGUCAGUAUUUGAGGCAAUGGGCUAAAUUCCGCGAAGCCGUACCGAUUAAGAACCAGGAUCUAUUAGCGAAAAUCCAUCAGACAUUUCGUGUGCAGUAUAUACAGGAUAUUAUAUUGCCCACGCCAUCUGUAUUCGUAGAGGAUAAUAUGUUAAAUACUUUAUCUAGUUUUAUAUUUUUUAACAAAGUCGAGAUUGUCACACUGAUACAAGAGGACGAACGUUUUCUGGUCGACAUGUUUACCAUGCUUACCGAUCCAAAUACCAGCGAUGCCAAGCGUCGCGACAUUGUUCUAUUCCUGAAGGAGUUCUGUAACUAUGCCCAAAAUCUUCAGCCGCAGGGUAAAGAUUCAUUUUACAAGACAUUGACAUGUUUGGGUAUACUGCAGGCACUGGAAAUCACGCUGGUAAUGAACGACCAGAAAACCAAGGCGGCAUCAAUAGAUAUACUAACGGCGAUUGUGGAAUUUUCACCGUUGGUAGUGCGUAAUUAUACGCUGCAACAAGUGAGUCGUAAUGAAGGGGACCGUAUGUUAUUAAACAUUGCCAUUGAACAAAUGUUGAAUGAUUCCGAACCAGAAUUAGGUGUUGCUGUGCAAUUAAUGGGCAUCAUAAAAAUUCUCUUGGAACCGGAAAAUAUGUUAACGGAAAAGGGAGAUUUCUUGAAUUUCUUCUAUAAACACAGUAUACAGACAUUAAUAGCACCUUUGUUGCUCAACACGAUCGAUGAUCGCCCGCAAAACGAAGAUUAUCAAACAGCACAAUUAUUGGGAAUAGUUUUAGAUAUUUUAUCAUUUUGUGUCGAACAUCAUACCUAUCACAUCAAGAAUUUUAUCAUCCAAAAAGAUCUCCUCAAGAGAAUUCUUGUCUUGAUGAAGAGUUCUCAUACGUUCCUUGUAUUAGGCGCCUUAAGGCUAUUAAGAAAGAUUGUAGCAUUAAAGGAUGAAUUCUAUAAUCGACACAUUGUUAAGGGCAAUCUAUUUGCUCCGGUCGUCGAUGCUUUUAUACGCAACAAUGGUCGUUAUAAUCUCCUCGAAUCAGCUAUACUGGAACUAUUCGAAUUUGUCAAAUUGGAAGACAUCAAAACGUUGUGUGUUUAUUUUGUUGAAACAUUUAGCAAAAUAUUUGACGAAAUCGAAUAUGUUCAGACAUUUAAAUAUCUAAAGAAUCGUUACGAUCAGUAUCAAGAGCGAAUAAAAGAUCGCGAUAAGAUGGGUUUAGAUACUGGCAUUCCAAUUAUUCGUGGCGGUCGUUUUCGUCGUGAUCAAAGACAAAUGGAGGAGGAAGAAGAAAUGUGGUUUAAUGAAGAAGAAGAUCUGGAAGAUUUGGAACCGUAUAAUUCCGUCAUGAAGUCUGUUACAGAUAAAAAUGGUUCUCCAACAUCUCAACAGCAAAUGCAACAAAAAUCACCGCCGCAGAAUGCACAACAACUGCAGCAGCAACAACAACAGCAGCACAGCACCAGUAACAGUAUGUUGAGUGGUAAUACAUCUGCCAUUAGUUUGAAUAGUACAGCAACGGCGACGUCAUCUAAUCAUUCAACCACAGUUGGUGGCGGUGGUGUCAGCAGUAGUGCUAUUGGUGACAAUAAUGCAGGUCUACAAACAACACCCUCCACUAGCAGCAGCAAUAACGCCUCCAGCUCCAGCAGUACUACCAGUAGUAGUAAUUGUAAUAGUAGUGAACAACAAACGUCCGCCACUCAUUUGGGUGCUGCCGCCGCAGCGACAGCAGCAAAUUUAUCUUUACAACAUCAGCAGCAACAGCAGUCGUCUCACUCAUUGCAUAGCUAUCAACAGCAACAACAACAAUUGAAUCUGAAUAACACACUAGUUGCGGCAGCAGCCGCAGCAGCAGUUGCUGGUGUAUCGGCAGCGGCAGCAAGUACAUCAACGGCAGCCGCUGCGGCGGCGGCAGCUGCAGCGCAUUUGGAAGCGCAACAGACACAACAACAAAGUGAUAUCGUGGAAUUACAACAACAAUUGGCAGCAGUUGAACAUCAGCAGGAAUUGGCGGCGUUAGGAGGAGGAGGGGGUGGUGGUGCAGCAACGACAAUUGGUGGCAGUGACGACAGAUCAGCAACAUCGGCAAAUUCAUCUAGUGCCGUCAAUGCAUCGCUAUCAACAUCAUCGUCCGCAUCAGCAUCCACAUCACCAACGUCGACGGCUGGUCCAUCAACAAGUGCUCUGACAGAAGCUGCAGCUGCGGCCGCAACACAAUUGCUAUCGACAAUGGCCUCAAAUGAAGCCGUUGCUGCUGUGGCAGCAGCCGCAGUUGCUGCUGUAGCGGCCAGUGUUGAAGCGAAUAAACUUAAUAGUUGUAAUAAUGCGGCAAACACAACAACGGAAACUAACAAGGAGGCAGCGCCGUCAUCAAAUGCAGCAACUCAAGGGACAACAGCCACAACAACAUUACCAGGCGAAAACAUUCUAAAGAAGCUUGUUGAUUAUGGUAGUGAUUCGGGUGAUGAAUUCGAAGCCGAAGAGGAUGAAGAGGAAGAUUCACCACAUCAAAAGAAACCACGUUUGGCAUAGCAACUUUACCAGAAGCACCAUCAGCAUCAUGCUGUCCAUAAACAACAGCAGCAGCAGCAGAAACAACACACCCCAAAUCAAAAUAUAGUUUUUUCAUCCCAACAACAACUACAAUAUCAAAUACAGCAACAUUCUGUUGUGAAUCAACACCAGAAUCACUCCCACAAUACUUCUUCUACUAUAACCAAUUUAGAUUUUCAACAACAGCUUUUGGCAACGCAUUCCCAUGCUGCCAACAAUAACCAUGGCCAACCAACAAACUAUGUUCUAACACAACAACAACAUCAUCCCCACCACCUACAUAAUCAUCAUCAACACAACAACCAUCAGCACCACCAGAAUCAUCAUAAUCACCAUCAACAACACCACCACAACCAGCAUUCAGUUACGGCUGCAACAAGUGCUGCUGCCGUGGCAGCUGCUGCAGCCGCUGCUGCUGAGACAAUUAUUAAAACAUUUGCAACCAUGUCUUCGUCACCACCUGUUGUUACGGCCUCUAUGACGUCGUCACCAUCAGUGUUAUCUUCACCGUCAUCCGGCUAUACGGCCACAUCGUCGUCUGUCGCAUUGACGGCGCCUUCAUCCAUUUACAAUAAUAAUAAUAAUAAUAAAAAUACUGCAACCACAACUAUUAUUACUACUAAUCCCAAGAACAAACAACAACAAACACAACAACAUUUUUAAACUUUUUAAAUAUAAAAUAAUAUAUACAUAUAUAAAGAUAAAUUGAUUAAAAACAAGAAAACUGCAACAAAAUAAUUACCAUUAUUAUUAAUUAUAGUUAAAACAAAAACAAAAAGGAAUCACUUUUUAGCCACAGGCUACAUUUAUAACAAAAAAGAAACAAAAACAACAAAUAAAUGAUGAUAACAAGAAAAAGAAUCAUCAUCAGAUAAAAAUUAAAAAUAAGAAAGAGAUGAUAAACAUUAAUUACAACAAUUAUAGUAAUGUAAAAUUUCAGUAUAACAAAGCAGAAAAAAGAAAAACAAAAUAAAAAAAUAAUUAAAAAACAAAACAACAAAAA